CCUUAGCCACACCAUGAAGGUUUUGGAGCGAGUCAUUGAGUAUAGGGUGCAGAAAGAUGUAUGAAUCUCUGAGAACCAGUUUGGUUUCAUGCCUGGCAGAUCGACUACAGAGGCCAUUCACCUUGUGAGGAGGUUAAUGGAAGAGUAUAGGGCUAGGAAGAAGGACCUUCAUAUGGUGUUUAUUGAUCUUGAGAAGGUGUACGAUAGGGUGCCAAGGGAGGUCUUAUGGAGGUGCCUAGAGACGAGAAGAGUUCCCAUCGCGUACACUCGCGCGAUCAAGGAUAUGGAUGGGGUUGCACCAGGGUAUGCCCUUAGCCCUUUUUUGUUCGCCUUGGUGAUGGACGUCCCAACUCAAGGUGUUCAAGAAGGGGUCCCAUGGUGCAUGCUUUUCGCGGAUGAUAUCGUGCUUAUCGACGACACACGUGAGGGACUAAACGAUAAGUUGGAACGAUGGCGCCUUGCCCUUCAGACUAAAGGUUUCAGAAUAAGUAGGAACAAGACUGAAUACAUGGAAUGUCGUUUCAGCGGCCAGGAAACAGAAUCAGAAGUGGAAGUUAGGAUUGACUCUCACGUAGUACCUAAGGUAGACAGGUUCCGAUAUCUUGGCUCGGUAAUCCAGGCGGAUGGGGAGUUAGACGGAGAUGUUGGACAUCGUGUUGGAGUGGCUUGGGCCAAAUGGCGAUUGGCCUCAGGGGUGUUGUGUGACGCAAAGAUUUCGCCCAGGAUAAAGGUAGGCAUGGCGCCGGUGAAAGAUAAGUUGCGGGAAGCAAGGUUGAGAUGGUUUGGGCAUGUGAGACGGCGGGAUGCUGAUGCCCCUGUACGGAGGUGCGAGAGGAUCACGGUUAUCGGGGGAAGUAGGGGAAGGGGUAGACCUAGGAAGAAUUGGAAGGAGGUGAUUAGGCAGGAUUUAGGACUUCUCACCGUGACUGAGGAUAUGGCUUUAGAUAGGAACCUUUGGCGGACUAGGAUUAAAGUAGCUGCGGCCUUGAUCCGUGCUCGGGAAGAGCAGGAGAAAACUCAUCAUUUUUUACUUGGUCUCGACGAUGAGCAGUUUGGUCACAUCCGUUCUCAGAUCAUAGCUUCCGAACCUGUUCCGGAUAUACACCGGGCAUAUGCAUUGAUUGUCCAAGAAGAACGACACAAGAGUAUUGUCCGUGGUCGGGAUGACCGCACGGACGCGGUGGCCUUUGCCAUGCAGCGCCCCACUGUUCCCGCGGGUCGUGGUGAUCCGCCACAUUACUCGUGUACUCACUCCGGGAAGGACGGGCAUUCGGUGGACAGAUGUUAUCAAAUACAUGGGUACCCCCCCGGGAAGGGCCGGGGACGUGGGAGCACACCUAAUCGAGGAGGACGGAGUGGCGGUCGUGGCAGUGCAGCUCCUGGCCGUGGGACUGGCCCGGCGACAGGGGGAGCACACUCGGCGACGACUUCCAACACCCUCGGCCUUACACCCGAUCAAAUGACGCGCCUGCUUUCUAUGCUUGACACUUCUUCAUCUGAAAAGGCUUCUGGUCCUAGCGGGGAAUCUUCUGCUCGUGAGUGGCUUAUUGAUAGCGGCGCUUCUCAUCACAUGACUGCAUUUUCACGAUCCGAAUCGCCGAUCCAGACGAUCCCAGUGGAUUACGCGAUUCUGCUGCCGCACCGGAUCGAGAAGCUCCCGACGAUCCUCAGACUCGUAGACUCGUACGAGUCAACUCCCGAGUUUGACUACCAGGGUUCCAAGUAGGAAAGAGUGUUCUGACAAAGUAGUUAGUCCGACCUACCAAGUUUGAUUCGAAAUAUUCGAACUAAAUAAGUUCACUAGGAUGAAAAAAGUAUUAGACAAUAGACUUCAAGUUGAAGGAGAAAAAAUCAACAAAAUAACAUAGUUUGAAAGAAAUAAUUACCAUCAAAUACAAUUACAUGUAUGGAAAAAUUAAUAACUUUUAAAAUAAACUUAAGAUGAAAAU